AUGAACUCAACAACAGCGUGUGGUUACUCGGACGUCGAAAAUUUGGCCAGACUACAAAGAGCUCUACAGGGCAAGGCGUUCGAAUCGGUGAAGAGUCGACUGCUGCUCCCAGCGUGUGUACCUCAGGUUUUAUCUACGCUUUACAUGUUGUACGGACGACCCGAACUGAUCAUCCAAACACUGCUGAACAAAGUUCGUGAGACGCCGGCCCCAAAGUCGGACCGACUGGAUACACUUAUAUCGUUUGGGAUGACCGUUCAGAAUCUUUGCGACCAUCUCGAAGCGUCAGGACAGCUGGCACACCUGUGCAACCCGGUCCUACUUCAGGAACUGGUGGAGAAGAUCCCGGCGCAGAUGCGCCUGGACUGGGCGCUGUAUAAACGUCAGUUCGUCGCCGUUGAUUUGCGAAUAUUUGCAGCCUACAUGUCCACACUGGUGGUCGCGGCUUCGGAUGUUACGGUCAUUGCUGAUUGUAAGCAGUCACGAUCGGGGAAAAGUGAACGAGUUAAAGAAAGGAACUUCUUGAAUACACAUUCACCAAGCGAGUCUCCAAAAGAGCCCGAGGAAAAGAAUGUGCCUGCACUGGUGCUAUGCUUGGCGUGCAAUGAUGCUAACCACAAAGUCAAGGAUUGCGAAACCUUUAGAAAAUGGAAUCCGGAUAGGCGUUGGAAGAUAGUCCAUGAUCAUCGGCUUUGUAGGACGUGUCUGGGGAAACACGGAAGGCGCUCGUGUAAGCUACAAGUUCGUUGCGGAGUGGACGGCUGUCAGCUACGACAUCAUCGGAUGCUACACUCAGAAUGUCAAAAACAACAAAGCCAGGUUAGAGAAGGGCAGCAAGCGUCCAGCAAUAACAAAAGUACCGAGGGCGGGGUGAAUGCGCACCAUACUACCGAGAGGUCAACGUUGUUUCGCAUACUUCCAGUAAAACUUUUCUGGAAAGGGAGAUCGGUAGAAACCUUCGCGUUCCUUGAUGACGGAUCAGCAAUGACUUUAGUCGAGCAGUCUAUUGCGGCGAGUUUGGGUAUUGAUGACGGAGAAGCAGCUCCCCUGUGUCUAGCUUGGACCAGUAACGUGACUCGUCAGGAACCUAACUCACAGCGUAUUUGCAUAGAUGUUUCCGGUCUGGGAAAGAACGAACGGUUUUCCUUGAAUGACACUAGGACAAUAGAUAGGCUGAACCUUCCGAAACAGACAGUGAACUACGAAUCGGUUUCACCUGGAAUCUUAAUAGGAUCGAACAAUGCUGGUUUAAUAGCAGCACUGAAAGUACGCGAGGGUCAACUAGGCGAUCCUCUGGCGACCAAGACGCGUCUGGGCUGGUCAAUCUACGGAAACACUGAGGAUGGCGAUAAUUCAGCGAACUACACUCUACAUAUUUGUGAUUAUCAAGACAGAUGUACAGCUGAUCAAGAGUUACACGAUCUAGUUAAGCGUCAUUUCACAGUCGAAAAUAUGGGCGUGUCGGCAGACAAAGGCCCGGAGUCGGAGGAAGAUAAGCGAGCCCGCCACAUCCUGGAAGAGACGACCAAAAGGAUUUCAAAGGGAUUUGAGACGGGGCUAUUGUGGCGUCAUGACGGUGUGCAAUUUCCCAAUAGUUUUCCUAUGGCCAUGCGCCGCCUGGAAUGUUUCGAGAGGAAAAUGAACAAGGAUCCUGAAUUACGAGAAAGCGUGCAGCGCCAAAUUGGCGAGUAUCUGAAGAGCAACUACAUCCACGAAGUUACUCCCUGGGAGCUGAAGUUUACUGACCCAGGAAAAGUGUGGCAUCUACCACUGGGGGCAGUGAGAAACGCCAAGAAGCCGGGCAAAAUCAGACUGGUGUGGGAUGCCGCGGCGAAAGUCGAAGAUGUUUCAUUGAACGCCAUGCUUCUCAAAGGUCCGGAUCUACUAGUACCCCUCGCAGCGGUGCUCUGCGGUUUUAGGGAGCGUUCGAUAGCAGUUUGUGGAGAUUUGAAACAAAUGUUUCACCAGUUCAGAAUACGCCAACAAGAUGUACACAGCCAGCGCUUCCUCUACCGUGAACACCCAUCGUUACCAGUGAAAACGUUCGCGAUCGACGUUGGUAGUUUUGGAGCCACAUGCUCUCCAUGUCAAGCGCAGUAUAUAAAGAACCUGAAUGCUAGAGAGCACGAAGCCGCUUUCCCCCGGGCUGCGAUGGCCGUACUGAGGAAACACUAUGUAGAUGACUACCUCGACAGUUUCGACACGGAAGAAGAGGCAAUUAAGGUUGCUUUAGAAGUUAAGGAGAUACACACACGUGGAGGAUUCGAGAUAAGGAAUUGGCAUUCGAAUUCGAAAACCCUGCUUCAACGAGUCGGAGAGUCAAAUCAACUACAAGCGAAGGUUAUAAGCGUCGCCGCGGAAAGUGAAGCGGAAAGAGUGCUGGGUCUACUGUGGCUGCCCGAAGAAGAUGUCCUGGCUUUCACAGCCGAGCUGCAGUUGGACGGAAUCUCUCCGACGAAGCGGAAUAUCUUGCGCAGUGUUAUGAGCUUGUUCGACUCCCAAGGGCUGCUAUCACACAUUACCGUUCAAGGUCGAACGAUUAUCCAAGACACUUGGCGCAGCAAAGCCGAGUGGGACGACGAGGUGAUUGAAACGAUUCGGACACGCUGGCAAAAAUGGAUCACACUGUUCAGCGGUGUGGGCCGGAUCAGACUCCAAAGGGCCUAUUUUCCCGGGUUUUCAGCCGCAGAAAUCGGGCCAAUUGAACUACACGUCUUUACCGACGCCAGCGAGGAAGCUUACGCGUCUACUGCUUACUUCCGGGCAGUGAUAAACGGUAACGUAUAUGUCACGCUAGUUAUGGCUAAGGCAAAGGUAGCACCAUUAAAGGCUUUAUCAGUACCUCGCCUGGAGCUGAUGGGUGCUCUGCUAGGGGCAAGACUGGCAAAGGCAGCCUGCGAAUAUCAUACGUUUCCUAUUUGUCGACGAAUAAUGUGGACUGAUUCAGAAACAACCCUGGCUUGGAUUCAGUCCCAACACUGCCGUUACAGACAAUUCGUAGCCUUCAGAGUAGGGGAGAUCCUUAGCAAGACGGAAGCAAUCGAGUGGAGGUGGCUCCCUUCACGACACAAUGUAGCCGAUGAAGCAACCAAAUGGGGAAAAGGUCCCAGUACAGAUGUCCAUUCGCAUUGGUUUUGCGGUCCCGACUUCCUAUACUUGCCGGAAGUGGAAUGGCCGAAAAGGACAUCAAAGAAACCGCCGGAGACAGAGGAAGAGCUGCGGUCUUGCCUAAUGCAUCGAGUGCUGAUCGUCGAUGACGUCAUCCGUUGGAGCAACUUCUCCAAAUGGGAGCGUGUGCUGAGAGCGGUAGCUUACGUCCAUCGCUUCGCAGUUAACUGCCGUCAUCGAAUUCAGAAGCAGCCAGCUGUGGUGGGUAUCCUGAAUCAAGAGGAAUUGCAGAGGGCGGAAAACAGUCUCUGGCGUUUAGUGCAAGCCUCAGUAUACUCGGACGAAGUAGCGGUGCUUAAGCAUCGAAACGAGAACUCCAAAGGGAACAUCGAGAAAACAAGUCCCGUUUACAAACUGACACCUUUUCUGGAUGAGCAUGGUGUAAUGCGGGUCUCCAGUCGUAUUGGCACCGUGCCCUUUGUUACGUACGAUUUCAAGUUCCCGAUCAUCUUACCACGUGACCACCCGUUAACGGUGUUACUCGUCGGAUGGUACCAUCGCCGAUAUUUACACGCCAACCACGCGACGGUGUACAACGAAAUUAUUCAACGUUUCCACGUUUCUUGUCUUCGCACAGUAGUUAGAAAAAUAGCGAAGAAUUGCCAAGUUUGCAAGGUUUUUAGGGCUGCGCCAGCUGUUCCGAGGAUGGCACCCCUGCCAGAAUCUCGUUUCGCUGUUUCGGUGCGUCCAUUCUCUUAUGUUGGCUUGGACUACUUCGGACCCGUUCCGGUUAAAGUUGGUCGCAGCUGCGCUAAAAGAUGGGUUGCUCUAUUUACGUGCCUCACGGUGAGAGCCGUACAUCUGGAAGUUGUCCAUUCACUGACAACGGAAUCCUGCAAGAUGGCCGUUCGUCGGUUUGUAGCACGUCGUGGAUCACCAAUCGAAAUCAGGUCUGACAACGGGACUAAUUUUCUGGGAGCUAGCAGGGAAUUAAAAGAAGAAAUCGAAGCGAUCGGGAAGCAGUUGGCGGAGACUUUUACCAAUGCAACCACUAAGUGGGUUUUCAAUCCACCACCCGCUCCCCAUUUCGGCGGCUCUUGGGAGCGUCUUGUGAGAUCGGUCAAGACGGCUCUGGGAUCAAUGACCGUCGAACGGAAUCCAGAUGAGGAAACGUUAGUGACCGUCGUUGCGGAGGCCGAGUCUAUAGUAAACUCUAGGCCGUUAACCACUAUUCCACUGGAGAACCCUAACCAGGAAGCACUUACACCUAAUCACUUCAUCCUUCUAAGCUCGAGCGGAAUCACACAGCCGUCCAGAACUAUACCCGAGACGUUGAAGAUCACUCGUACAAAUUGGAAUAUGGCCAGACAACUGCUGGACCGGUUUUGGAGACGGUGGAUCAGAGAAUAUCUCCCAACUAUCGCGAAUAGAACCAAAUGGUUCGAAGAAGUGGAGCCGGUGAAGGUGAAUGAUUUGGUGAUGAUCGUCAACGAGAACCAGCGCAACGGAUGGACCAGAGGACGUAUCCUGUCGGUGAUUCGAGGAAACGAUGGACGUGUCCGACAAGCAACAGUACAAACGACGAGCGGAGUACUCCGGCGUCCAGUGUCUAAACUGGCAGUGCUGCAGGUACAAGGCAGUUGUAACGCGGAGUCAGGGCCGGGAACGGAAGUGCGUUACGGGUCGGGGAAUGUUACCAAACCUGGCAGCACUGACGGUAAAGCACAUAGCGAACCCCCCCGGUCGGAAACCGCUAGUCUGCGUUCGAAUGAGGCCGAUCAGAAACGUCACCAGCUCUAUCAGCUACAACGAGAAAAACGUCAUCGAUAG